AAAAAAGAAACGGAAUCGAUGGCCAACGACACUGGUGGGUUGAGGGGCUUGGUGGCCAUCCUUCUCCUUGUCAUGUUCAUUGCUACGUGCGGUUCAGCAAGAGACCCAGUGAAGUACUCGUUGGCAAACCAAAAUGAAGGAUCAAAGAGGAAGCCUUCCAAUUCUAAUCCUCCACCCAAACCCAGCCCUAAGCCUAACAUGAGGUCUAAACCUAAGCCUACGCUUAACCGGGAACCAACUCCGAGCCCGACCCCGGCACCACCGGCGAUCAAGAGAGGGUCCACGUUCAGCGUGCUCGAUUACGGAGCAAAGGGAGACGGGGUAACAGAAGACACCGAGGCUUUCCUGGAUGCAUGGGGAGCUGCAUGCCAUCAUGAGGCGCCAUCAGCGAUGCUCGUUCCUUCAAACCGGGAGUUCCUGGUUGGCCCAAUCUCUUUCUCAGGACCUUGCGAACCCAACAUCGUGUUUCAGUUGGACGGAACCAUCAUUGCUCCAACCAGUGCUAAAGCCUGGGGCACAGGUCGACUACAGUGGCUUGAAUUCAGAGUGCUAGAGCAAGUAAAAAUCCAAGGACGAGGUACUAUCGAAGGCAGAGGCAGUGUCUGGUGGAGCAAUACUCAAUAUCUGCUCUCCAAUUCUUUGGACACUAAGCUCAGUGGAAACUUGCCUCACACAAGACCAACAGCUCUUAGAUUUUACGGGAGCUCUAAAGUAACUGUGACUGGUAUUACAAUUCAAAACAGUCAACAGUGCCAUCUAAAGUUCGAUAGCUGCCAAGCUGUGGAGGUCUCGGGUGUGACCAUCUCUUCUCCCGGUGACAGCCCCAACACGGACGGAAUUCAUCUACAGAACUCUGUGGGUGUCACAAUCCGCAAUGCUGAUAUGGCUUGUGGCGAUGACUGCAUUUCCAUCCAAACUGGAUGCUCCAAUAUUCAGAUCCAGAACGUGAAAUGCGGGCCAGGGCAUGGCAUCAGCAUCGGAGGACUGGGCAAGGGCAACACGCAAGCCGCCGUCUCCGACGUCACCGUUCAAAACGCCGACCUGGUAGGCACGUUGACCGGCGUGAGGAUCAAGACGUGGCAGGGGGGAUCAGGGUACGCGAAGGGGUUCAGAUUCUCAAACAUCAAGGUGUCGCAGGUGAUGACGCCGAUCGUGAUCGACCAAUUCUACUGCGAACAGACCAAGUGCAAGAACCAAACGUCGGCUGUGGCAUUGUCGGACAUCACCUACGACGGUGUGGUCGGGACUUACACAGUGCAGCCGGUGCGCUUGGCGUGCAGCGACAGCAAACCGUGCAGUGGAAUCCAUCUCAGCGACAUCCAACUGCAGGGGGCGCAGCAGCGAGGGAAAAUCCUCGACCCUUUCUGUUGGAAAGCUUUCGGAGACAUAAAGGGACCAACGGAGCCGCCCAUCCACUGCUUGCAAUAGAUAAGUUGAUUAAUCAGGUGAUACUUUGAUGGAUUAUUAGUAAAAUUAAGAUAAAAUGCUAGUUAGAGAUUUGCAUAAGAAUCUAUUGUAGCAUUCAUGUAUGAAUGAACGGUUGGAGAUGCAAUGGAAAUGGAAAUGGA